AUGCGAUAUUUGUUGCGAUUUUCAAGUUGGACGCCCACUCAAAGGCAGCGAUUAAGACGAUUGGCAGAAGUUCUUGCGAUAGUGGCGAUAUCAGUACAGGUAAUUGCGAAGGGUCACACUUGCCAAGACGUGAAUAUUUUUGCUCUGAAUUCGAACAUCUGCAGCUCCUACUCAUCAUCCGCCGAAACAUGCGAAGUCUCAUUCUCCAAUAUUUUGAAAUUAAACACAUUCAAGCAAGACGCUUGCCUACGUUUUUCUGCGAACAAAUCUCUUGUCUCCCAUUUGAAAAUUCGCUGGAAGGGACUAGCAUUAUAUUGCACUCACGAAACUCUCAGUUACACGCGCGACAUUCAGAUUCAUGUCCUUGAUAGUAAACGUUGUCCUCAUAUGGGCUCAUGUAACUGCGAAAAAUGUGCGGCUAUCAAUCCCACUGAUCUUGUUCCAGAACUACAAAAGGCUAAUAGUUAUCCAGGACGGACGGGGUGCCUAGAAUCCUGUGGGGGGUUAGGCUGUGAUUGCCUAUACCCGAGCUCCGGAUGUCUUUUUUAUCGGGUCUAUGCCGUUCCCCUAAGCGGAGACAUUUUUGAGAUAUCUCGAUGCAUCCGAUGGAAGCAGGAAGUAAAACUAGAAGUUACUAUAGAAACCAAUGGGAAAACACACCGUUAUGUUUUAGCGGUUAUCCCCAAUGUGCCAAUAUUCAUGCACAAUUUCACGCUAACAAUGACCUCUUUAGCAGUUCCUCCUCAUCCCACUUUGAAUCAGAAAUUUAUCAUCAACGAUAAGGAAUAUGCCGUAUGGCAACUUGACACAAAUCCACUUCUUUCCUGCAAAUCACGUAGCGAUGCAAAACACCUAAAGUGCGAUUUCAGCGAUGACUGCAGGUGUGGUCCUGCCGAAUCUAAAGUGCGAUGCGAUUGUACUUACCCACAAGUGAGCAAAAUUUUCAAGGCCCUCUCUCAAAAACUUCCACGACAACUAGGAAGUACAUCGUUCUUCAAAAAUAACGACUCCCAAAUUGUGGCUCGGAUACGAGAUACUGCUUCCACAGAGUUUGUGAUCACCUUCCAAGGAAAAGUCAAUAGGACGCCACAGCAAGUAAAUAAAGCAAGUGCUCAGUUGAGAAUACAGUUUUGA